AUGAGGACUUCCAUUAUACUUCUUGCCGCCUCCGCAGGCGUUGCCUUGGCUCAGCCUGCUACCCUCAGCGAGCGCGCUGAUUCUGUCUGUCAAACCGGCAACGGCAACCCUCUUGAGCCUACUCCUGCAUGCUGCUUUACCAUGCCAUGGACUGCGGAACAUUAUCCCUACAGCGUCUGCAUGGCUCCUUCGAGUUCGAAAAACACUGCCGAAUUCGAGGAAAGCUGCCGCAAAAUCAAAGCAACUGCCCAACCUCGGUGCUGCCCCAAAGCUCUCAUCGCCGAAAAUGAGAACCAGAACAUUGGCGAUGAUCUUCUGUGCUCAGACCCAAACACUGUUGCGUAGAGCGUUUCAUUCAUAUGGCUCUUAGUGCUUCGGGGCACACAAAAACCAAUUAACGUGGAACUCCAGGCGGUGGAGCUGCGGAAGGACGGAUAGCUAACCUUGGAUGCCGGGGAGAGCCGUGAGCCCGCUUAGGGCAAUAAUAUUUUUGGUCGAC